CCCUCCCGAGUGUUGAAGGUUGUAAUUCUGGGUAUGAGCACAGGAAGUAACCCUGAGAGGCUACAAAACACAAUCUCCUCUCUCUGGCACUGCAUGGGAGUGUCCCAGGGGAUUGGGAAGGACGGGGCAGUCAGGCAAAGGUUAGGGAGGAAAGGAGCCAGGCAGAGGCCCGGAAUGACUCCAGGAAAUGUUUAGAUUUCUCCACCAGGAGGGAGGGCAAACAAACUUUUUUUCCCCCCCAAGCCUUCUGGGCAGCUCUGAGCACUCUGCAGAGAGCAGACUGUGAGGAAGAAGCAGGAAAGAAAAAUCCUCUCAGGGCUGGAUCCAGCAAUUCCGGGGCAGCACACAUCCCGUCGGACCCCAGAGCUGUAUCCCAGAAAGGUCCGUGUGUGGAAAACAGCUUGCACUUCAGAGCCUGGCCCAGCCACAAGCUUCACCCCUGCCGGGGACAUGGAGCUUGUGAUUCAGGAUGAGGAAGAGAAAGGGCCUGCUCCAGGCUUUCGUUUCCUGGCUGAAGUUUCUCUUGUGGGUGCAGCAUCUGCAUCCCAGGGUGAUGAGGUUAAGGGCUCAGCGGCGGUGGGAGUGGUAGGAUUCCGAUAGCCCUUGUGCCGGUCACCCGAGGACACUCAUCCUCUCUCCGACUGCCAUGGACAACGGGUCGUGCUGUCUCAUCGAGGGAGACCCCAUCUCCAAGGUGAUGCCACCGCUACUCAUCCUGGCCUUCGUGCUUGGCGCCCUGGGCAACGGGAUAGCGCUGUGUGGCUUCUGCUUUCACACGAAGACCUGGAAACCAAGUACUAUUUACCUUUUCAACUUGGCCGUGGCUGAUUUUCUCCUCAUGAUCUCCCUACCCUUGCGGACAGACUACUACCUCAGACGGAGGCACUGGGCCUUUGGGGAUAUUCCCUGUCGCCUGGUGCUCUUCAUGCUGGGUAUGAACAGGGCAGGGAGCAUUGUCUUCCUCACCGUGGUGGCUGCCGACAGAUAUUUCAAAGUGGUCCACCCCCACCACCCGGUGAAUGCCAUAUCCAACCGGACAGCAGCUGCAGCAGCCUGUGUGCUCUGGACCUUGGUCAUCUUGGGGACUACGUACCUUCUCAUGGAGAGUCACCUGUGUGUGCAGGAGACAGGGUCGUCUUGUGAGAGCUUCAUCAUGGAGUCAGCCAAUGGGUGGCAUGAUAUCAUGUUCCAGCUGGAGUUCUUCCUGCCUCUAGCCAUCAUCGUGUUUUGUUCCUUCAAAGUUGUCUGGAGCCUCAGACGGAGGCAGCAGCUGGCCAGACAGACUCGGAUGAAGAGGGCCACCCGCUUCAUCAUGGUGGUGGCUGCUGUGUUCAUCACGUGUUACCUGCCCAGCGUGUUGGCCAGGCUCUAUUUCCUCUGGACAGUGCCCUCCAGUGCCUGUGACUCCUCUGUCCACACAGCCCUCCACAUCACCCUCAGUUUCACCUACCUGAACAGCAUGCUGGACCCUCUCAUCUACUAUUUCUCAAGCCCCUCGUUCCCCAAGUUCUAUACCAGUCUCAAAACCUGCAGUUUGAGACCCAAACGCCCAGGACACUUGAAGACACAGAGGUCAGAAGAGAUGCCAACUUCCACCCUCUGUCGUAAGAGCUCCGUCGAUGGGGCAAAUAGCUCCCAAAGGCCGUCAGAGGGGCAGUGGGAUCUCCAAGUGUGUUGAAUGGCGUUAAGGCAAACGGCCCAACCACAAGGCAGAGGGAUGGGCAACUCUGGAGCUUUGUUUGCCAACUCUUGGGAGACUGUGAAGUUCUAGGGGGCGGCCAGAGACAUUUCAUCUUGCUCCCUUUUGGUGAAGAGUGUCUAGCCAAUCGUCAGAUCUCCUCCUGUUGUGGCCUGCCUCUGCUCACGUGUUCCCCAGAUACUGCCGGAACUCUCACCACUAGACGAUUUUGUGAAGCGGAGGCUGCUCCUGUCCCAGAGGAAGGAAAACAGAUCCCAUGUCAAGCUCAGCUCCUCUUCCAAAGGGGUGACAGGCAUCAGUCAUCCUUCUGUUCGCACUUUCUCCGAUUCCCAGAGCAUUCUCCCCCAGGCAGGACCUUGACAACUUUUAGGUCUCUAGUCUGAGACACUCCUCUAGGCUCUCCACACGGUUUCCCUUGCCUGAAGCGGUGUACAGCCUGGUAGCCAAAACCAUGGUCUGGCUAUAGGACUGGCAAGAUGGCUCAAUGGGUUAAGGAGCCUGCUGCCAAGAUGCCAACCUGAGUAUCCCUGGGAGCCAUUGGUGGAAGGAGAAAACAGACUCCCAAAGGUUGUUCUCUGGCCUAUGCCCCCCCCCACAUGCACGCACGCACACACACACAUGUGUACACACACAAUUAAUUAGUUAAUUAAUUAAUGUGAUAACAAUUACACUUGUUAUAACAAUUGGCUGCACAGUCAAGUGGGUCUCAGUAAAAUCUAGCUCAAGCACUUAUUAGAAAAGCGCUCUUAGGAAAGAGUUUAUAUAACCACAUUCAGUUUUGGUUUCUCCAUUUGUCCAAGAGAAGUACUAGUGCCUCCAAAGGGUUAGGGCAAAGUCAAUGAGUAUAUAAUCUUGACCAUGAGGUCUUUGUUUUACUCUUUCGUCCCAAGUGCCUAGAAGGGACUACCUGCUUAUAACAGACGUAAAUAAAUGCUUGUUGAAUGACUGCGUGCACCUAAAGAAUGAGACCCUACAUCUGGCUACGAGUUUUCAAAGAUGACCUAAUGACAUCACAUGUGGUUUGUGGUUGUUUUUAAGCUCAGAGGGUAGUUUUUAUUCAAGUUGAAAAGAAAAACUCCAGGGCAGGCAAGCUGUAAAUCUCAGCAGAUGGAGAAGGGAGACAGAGAGGGGGAAAAGAGAAAGCCGCUGGCUUUUCUCAGUCGUCACAGAGAGCAUGAGCGGUCCCAUAGUGGGGAGGAGGGCUUCAGAUAAAGAAUGGAAGAGCCCGGAGUGCCAGUGACAGGAUGCACAGGCUCUAGAGAGGUCGAAAGAGACAGGAAAGGAAAAGGGAACUUUGUGUAAGCCGGGACUCAGAACCUCUUGGUGACCCUGCAGUGCCUGACACAUGAGCACACGGCACACAGAGAGUCCAUAGAAAGAAGCAGACACACGAGAGUCAAGUGUCCCUAAGCAGCUACUCCGUUGUUACUGCCUGACUUCUGCUUCCUCGGAAGGAGUCAAGCCAGGAAGUCCUACCAGCAUCAAAUCAAGGACCACAUAUCCUCUUUGUCUUUUAUUUUAUUUUCUUCACACUAUCAUUAUUAUUAUUAUUAUUAUUAUUAUUAUUAUUACUAUUGCUAGUAUUUUGUUUUUGAAACAGGGGUUCACUACAUAACCCUGGCCUGGAACUUGCUGGUCUUUUGGGGAUUUUGUUUGGUUUUUUGAGACAGAGUUUCUCUGUGUAACCCUGGCUAUCCUGGAACUCACUAUGUAAACCAGGCUAUGCUUGAACUCAGAGAUCUGCCUGCCUUGGCCUCCUGAAUGCUGGAAUUAAAGGUGUGCGCCGCCACCACCCAGCUAACUUGCUGGUCUUGAACUUGAGAUCUGCUGGCCUCUGCCACAUGAUUGAAAUCUGUGGAAACUGGUUCGGGAGCUAUUUCAGUAAGUGAAAAGCCUACCACACAGUCCCGAGGACCUGAGUUCAGUCAUAGAACUCAUAGGGUAGCACAAGCUUCUAAUCCCAGAGUUGGGGAGGCAGAGACAGAAGACAGGAGAGGCUCACUGGCCAGCCUAGCUGAAUGGGUAAGCCCGAGGACUCAGCGAGACUGUCUCCAAAACAAAACGACAGCAAAGCAAACAGGCAAACACGGUAGGGGCUGAUGUGAUCACUCAGUGGGUGAAGGCCCUUACCACCAAGGCCUGAACGUGAUCCAGCCAGGAACUUGGGCGGCAGAAGGAGAGAGCUGACCCCUGUAGUGUGUCUCUGACCUCCUCUUGUGUGUUCACACAUGCGUGUGCACACAAGAGCACACACAUACACUCACACUAAACAAACACUUUUUUAACGUCCCUCCUGAGUAAUGACCCCAGAGGUUGGUCUCUGGCCUCCACCUCUAUUCACAUGAGAGUGCACACGCUUAUCCUACAUGCAAAAAUAAACAGAAAUCUGUGAAAACCCCGGCUUUUAACUCUACCCUGGGGCACCAUUUUCACUCCUUUGAUGCUUGAUCCUAAUAAAAAUGGAUUUUGAAAGAAAGCAUGCCUCUCAAGUGUGACUCUCGCUCAGAAGCUUCUCUGAAGUGGCCUUCCAUGUGAAGGAACUAAAGGCCCAAUCCCCAGAAGCCCACGAGGUUCUCACCGCAAAGCAGCCAGAGCAAGCUGGAAGCCAGGAAAAUGAAACAAGACCUCAAGGAUAGCCUUGACUCUCCGUGCACUUCCCCUUUGAAGCUGGUGAGUGCGACACAAAGCCUGUCUUACCAGAAAGUGUUCUUGAGAACUGGGGCGUGGGGCUGUCUGAACCAGGAAAACAAUGCGUUUAGAGGAAAUGGUUCCCUUCCCCGGGAAAGCAAAAACCCAUAUAAAAAGAAAAUGACAAUUGUCUUCAAUUAACCUUGACAACGGAAAAUAAAUGAGU